UCCUCUGCCAACCAACAUCAGAAGAACGGAAGGCGACUCUGGCGUGUGUGUUGAGGGUAGCCUUAACCUGUUGGAAUAUCGGCAACUUCAACGGCGCAAUGGAGAUUGUCGCUGGACUAAAAUCCAACAAACUAAAGUCCUUCUGGUUCAGUAUAUCAGACGAGUCUCUGCCAUCGUUAGACUUCCUCUCCGCUGCUUUAUUAUCGGCUGAAUACGAACGGGCUUUGGGACGGGCGUUGGCGAUGCCGGAGUGCCGGCUGAUACCUUUCUUUGGCGCUUUCUUAAGGGAAUUAAGAGAGAUCCUAGCAGCGACUCCUGCGCUGACCACAAGUCAUUCCGUUGCCGCCACUCCCACGCACCGGAGGGACUUCAAACGGGACUCCGUAAAGGAGGACAGAGGUUCCCUAAAGCACGACUUGAGAAAAGAGAGCGGCAAACGUAUAGACCAGGGAACACAGAGUCCGUUACGGGAUAGCUCCAAAAGAGACGUCAGAAUGAACGAGCCUAAUAGACAAGUGUACAUAGCAUCAUUCGAUGAAGAAGGUGAACAAGCUCCAGGUUGGAGAAGAGUCGGUCCUGAAGGUCUGGUGAACCUGGAGAAGGUCUACAGAACCCAGGCAGUCAUGGACCACAUCGCCAGCUUCCAUCAGCACCAUUACGCGUUGGCUAGAAACGCUACUCCUGUAUUCGGGGAUUAUUUGAGAUCAGCCAUGACGUCGUGUGAUGAGCCUGUGUUCGCGCAACCUGCGCAUAUAACCAGCGACUGUAACUUCGAAAACGAGGCAUUGUACGAGUUAGAAGGUGGCGGUUACUGUCCCGUUCAACCAUUACCACACGAUCACGGGGUGACAAUGUUUCCGCUAGCCCCACAAAACGGAGAAAGAAUGGACAGGCAUAUUUUACAAAUAAUGCAUCACGGCACAGCGUGCGUAAUCGGCGAGGCAGAGUGGGGAGGCACCUUCGCUCAACUAAGGCUUGAAAGGGCUUGUGCACUGCUCACCUGGUGCCGAACUGCACAUCGCCCUUACACACAUCACGGAGAAACCCCAUCAGAAAACAUUCAACAACCAGAAGUGAGCUUAUCAUAUAAUCCCGAAGAAGUGAUACCUUUGAAGUACACGGCGAACCUUGCACAUGAGAACGAAGCGGGCAUUGUAGGGGAAGAGGGAUUUAUAGACCUCCAAUGCGUAAAAGACAUGCGGGUUGGUGGCAAACUCCUCGACGCCCGCGACCUAGCUGAACUAUCUUCAUGUGCAAGAAGACAUGGUCUGGAGACCAGCUCACAUGGACCAAGGAUCAUAUCAUUGGUGUACGGGAGGACGUUAAGCGAUAACAGGACAGUCCAUCUGUUAUUUCCUACACACACUUAUAAGGUAUGGGCGGUAGGUCUUCAUGCAGUGAUCCGAGCCCUCAUGAGCCAAGCGAAACUGGCUGACAGGAGUUUGGCGUGGUUAAAGAAUAAAUAUACCGCGUUGUAUUAUGAGGAUGGGUGCUGCUGUGAACCUCUGGUUUCUGAUGCUAUACGGGUAUUUGGAGGGCGAGAAUCGACGUGCGGCAGUUCGUCUCAUUCCACACCAGUGAAAGGGGCUUUUACCGACUCACAUUCGGACUCUGUACGGAGUACGGGGAUUAAGUUCAAGAAGAACAAAUCAACUUCAGAGCUAAAAACUAGCUCUCCCAAGAGCUACGGGUCAACACACACAUCCGGUACAAGAAGUGAAGAUGAAGUAAUUCAAGGGUCACCACGACAUAGCUCGUACUCGGCCACAUCAAGUCACCACCAACAAUGUGCACCCCGGCACAGCAGCCUGACAGCUGCAGCCACCAGCAUCAUGGCUGGAUCGCCUAAUAGGAGUAGUUUAAGAAGACUGGAAACAAGCGAACGGUUCUGGGAGAAUCUGAAACAUUUGAGAACAGGCUCCGUGGGAUAUGACACGCAGCUUGAUUUUAUGGACUUCGUCGCUUUGUUUCGCAGUUUUAGCCUAGUGAUGCGCUCGGAGCUCCGUGACGUGUUCGAGCAGCUGGCAGUGCCCAGAAACAGGUCACCGCUGCUUGCCGAGAAGAGCAGAUCAUCACCAGAACUGUUUAGAGGGAAGACUGUGUUCAGAACUGGCCUAUUAACAAGAAAUGGAUCACUAGAUUUAGAACCGCCGAGUGACAAGGCGGGAAGGAAGAAAGCCUUCGAUUUAUUGGCGGCUGCCGCUUUACCAGGAGCCUGUCCAGAUGUAAGCGGACGCGUUUUAUCGUUGCCGACCCUUGGCAAGUUCUGUGAGACCAGACAGAACGAAGCUAAGACUGAGCAGCAACUUAAGGAUAUUAUACAGAGGCACGAGCCGGAUCCAACCCUCCGUGCUGAACACUGCCUCUCCUUCGAGGGCUUCGUGAGGUUUCUCACCGACAAAGAUAACUAUGCCUUUGUUCCUGAGCAGAGGAGAGCUAAUAAUUUGAUUGGCAAAACCCCAAAUGAAAAUGCCGAUAAAGAGAACCUAUCCAAGGAAAUGUCGGGGCCUCUAAGCCAGUACUACAUAGCCAGCAGCCACAACACGUACCUGACUGGGCAUCAGUUGAAGGGGGAGAGUUCUGUCGAAUUGUAUAGUCAGGUUUUACUAACUGGCUGCCGUUGUGUAGAGCUAGAUUGUUGGGACGGCGAUGAUGGAAGCCCGGUUAUCUAUCACGGGCACACGUUUACGACAAAAAUUCCAUUCCGAAGAGUCGUUGAAACUAUUGCGAGGAGUGCUUUCGUGGCAUCGCCGUAUCCCCUGAUUCUAAGCAUCGAGAACCACUGCAGCCUGCCGCAGCAACAAGUGAUGGCCAGUACUUUUGAGGCAGUGUUCGGAGACAAGCUGGUGACGUCAUUUCUGUUCGAGGUCGACUACACCGACGAACCUCGACUUCCCAGUCCGGAACAGCUUAAGUACAAGGUGCUAAUAAAGAACAAGAAGUUGCUGCCGAUCGAAACGAGUCCCACAGUGGGACUUACUGGGGCUAGUUCCGCACAAGGCUACGGAAGCGUUUUAUCUACAGCUUUUAGUAGAUCUAACGGCAUCCGGCACACCAGUACAUCACUCCCGGAACAAAGCAAUAGGACGUCCUCGAUCAUGUCCAACCAAUCCGCUGGCAGCUCGUUAACAGAAUAUUUUUCUGACGAGGAUUACGAUGAAGACGACGAGGAGUUGGAUGAAAAAGAACUCCACAAAAUCCUAAACUCUAUGGAAGACAAGUGCGGUCGAACGUCUCUCUCUAUCUACCACAGUUUCCGGAGGAGCGAAGGAGACGGGGAAGCAACAUCGGGCAGUGUUAAACAGGCCACUACCAGGAAACGAAGUAACCAAAUCGCCAAAGAGCUCAGUGAUAUGGUCACUUAUGUACAGGCAAUAAAAUUCCGUGGUCUAAACCCGUUGUCACCGCGAAGUUCUUUGAAACAACCAAGCAGCCAUAAAGAUGGCAGUGCGCCGUGCUCCAGUUUUGAAUCUUCAGAGAGCAGCGAUAGUACUGGAACGCAACUUGCUCAACAAUCUCUAACGGCGCGUGGCCGUUGCCUGAACGCCCCAGCGGCACACCAUCCCUGCUACCGCUGUUCGUCCUUAAACGAAGCGAUUGCCAAGAAAAUCUGCAGGAAACAUCCCAUGGCGCUAGUCGCACAUACCGAGACCCAACUGGUUAGGACUUAUCCCGCCGGCCUAAGAAUAGACUCAUCAAACUUUGACCCCGUGACGUUCUGGUCCUGUGGGGUCCAGCUCGUGGCCCUGAACUACCAGACGGAAGACGCUGCAAUGGCGGUCAACGCCGCCAUGUACGAGAGCAACGGCUGCGUUGGUAUUGUACGAAAACCAAGAGUCAUGUGGAGCCCGGAACAUAUUGCUUACAGACGGUCACCAACAAAUCAGCCCCUUAACAUGGCAUCUCUUUUAAUAUUCUCCCGAUGCUGCGAAGAACUGGCAGGAGAAAGCUGUUACGGAGAUCUCGAGCCGAGUUCUCCAAAUCAGAGAAGAAAAAUUCACUUUCUAGUCGUCUAUGCUGUUCAGAGACAUGAACCGUAUUCUAUUUUGAAAGUGACACUGGAUACCACAGCGAAUGAGGCGAUAGCUCAAUGUCUUACAAAAGCCGGGGUCUGUCGAUCGUCCAGAGGAAACUACGUGCUCGUUGAAGAGGUUCCCUCCCGUGCACCAACGCAGAGAGUCUUAGCGCCGCACGAGAGGGUGUUGCGUGCCGCCACUGCCAGGCCGGGGGCCAGGUUGCUGCUGAAACGAGUUGGAGAUGAUCCUAGCAGUCGAGCUUGGCUUACGAGUAUCAGAUCGGCAUCUUCAGACCGCUCCAAAGACCGUUCAGUCCCGUCUGAUGAAGAAUCUCAAGAGGAGUCUCGUAAACCGCCAGACAGCUUUCUUGUUUGCGUGCACAACGUAUCCCACGAGAUCCCUUACGCUAUUUUAAAAGUACCAUUGAGCGCUACUGCGUCGUAUGUUGUCUAUCAAGCGUUAACAAAAGCAAGAUGUCACGAUGAUCCUAAGAGAUUCGUGUUGGUGGAAGAAUUAGAAUGGGGAGGAAGAGCAGGCGCGGGACCACAACAGCGAGCAUUGGCUGACGAUGAAGUUGUUUACGCUGCACAGGUAAAUAAUAGCGAGUUGGAAAACAUUAGGCAGAUUCGUGCUCCAAGAGAAAGGCAGUACGGCGCCCUUGCCUAG